AUGCCGACUGAUUCUUCAUCCAGUGGUGCAGUUCAAGGAGGAACUACAAUGGUGGAUUCUCAUCAUCCUCUCUUUCUGCAAUCGUGUGAUACUCCAGGUAGUUCUCUGGUCUCUAUUCAACUGUCUAGAUCUGAGAAUUAUUCAUUAUGGAGUAGAUCUAUGAAGAUAGGUCUUCUAGGUAAAGGGAAAAUAGGAUUUAUUAAUGGAAAAUGUAGUAAGGAUAAAUUCAAUGCAUCUCUACAUGAUCUAUGGGAAAAAUGUAAUGCCAUAGUGCUAUCAUGGAUAAUGAUCUCUGUAAGUAGGGAAUUAUUGAGUGAAAUAGUCUAUGCUAGCAGUGCUCAACAAGUAUGGACUGAUUUAAGAGAGAGAUUUGACAAAGUUGAUGGCUCUAGAAUCUUCUAUCUGCAUAAGGAGAUUGUCACACUGUAA